AUGAUGUUCAAUAAGCUAGCUAUCUCGGCAUUGGCACUUUUGGCCAUGCCUUUUGCCCGUGCUGACGAGGGUGAAGAGAAAAUGGGAACCGUCAUUGGAAUUGACUUGGGCACCACCUACUCUUGCGUCGGUGUCUUCAAGAACGGGCGUGUUGAGAUCAUUGCCAACGACCAAGGUAACCGUAUCACUCCUUCUUACGUCGCCUUUAUGGACAAUGGUGAUCGUCUCGUUGGAGAUGCUGCCAAGAAUCAGGCCACCAUCAACCCUGCCAACACUGUCUUCGAUGUCAAGCGUUUGAUCGGACGCAAGUACUCUGACAAGUCCGUCCAAUCCGACAAAAAGCUUGUUCCAUACAACAUUGUUUCCGACAAGGACAAGCCCGUCAUUGAGGUCACUGUCGCCGGAAAGGCCAGCACCUUCGCCCCUGAAGAAGUUUCCGCCAUGAUCCUUCAAAAGAUGAAGGCCACCGCCGAAGUUUUCUUGGGUAAGGACAUCAAGAACGCCGUCGUUACCGUCCCAGCAUACUUCAACGAUGCCCAACGUCAAGCCACCAAGGAUGCCGGAACAAUUUCUGGUAUGAAAGUCGAACGUAUCAUCAAUGAGCCAACCGCUGCGGCCAUUGCUUACGGUAUGGACAAGACUGGAGGAGAAUCCAACGUCCUUGUUUUCGAUCUUGGAGGUGGUACAUUCGAUGUCACUCUUUUGACCAUCGACAACGGUGUCUUUGAGGUCUUGGCGACCAACGGAGAUACUCACUUGGGUGGAGAGGAUUUCGAUCAACGUGUCAUGCAAUAUUUCAUCAAGAUGAUGAAGAAGAAGUCCGAUGUCGACAUCUCUGGAGACAAGCGUGCACUUCAAAAGCUUCGUAAGGAAGUCGAGCGUGUCAAGCGUGCUCUUUCUUCCCAACAACAAGCUCGUUUGGAAAUUGAGGACUUGGCCGAUGGUUUCGACUUGUCUGAGACUUUGACACGUGCCCGUUUCGAGGAACUCAACACCGAUUUGUUCAAGAAGACCAUGGGACCCGUUGCCCGUGUCAUGGAAGAUGCCGACUUGAGCAAGUCCGAGAUUGACGAAAUUGUCUUGGUUGGUGGAUCCACCCGUAUCCCCAAGGUCCAAGCCCUUAUCUCUGAAUACUUCGGAGGAAAGGAGCCAUCCAAGGGUAUCAACCCCGAUGAAGCCGUUGCCUACGGAGCUGCCGUCCAAGGAGGAAUCCUUUCAGGAGAAGGAGGUGAUGCCACCAGCGAGAUCUUGUUGUUGGAUGUCACUCCUCUUUCCCAAGGUAUUGAGACCGUUGGUGGAGUCAUGACCAAGUUGAUCAACCGUGGUACCACCAUUCCCACCAAGAAGUCCCAAACUUUCUCCACCCACCAAGAUAACCAAAAUGUCGUUUUGAUCCAAGUCUACGAAGGUGAACGUUCCAUGACCAAGGAUAACCACAACCUUGGAAAGUUCGAACUUACCGGAAUCCCACCUGCCCCCCGUGGAGUCCCACAAAUCGAGGUUACUUUCGAAGUUGAUGCCAACGGUAUCUUGCAAGUUUCCGCCGAAGAUAAGGGAACCGGAAAGGCCGAGAAGAUCACCAUUACCGCUGAGAAGGGACGUCUUUCCGAGGAUGAAAUCGAACGCAUGGUCCAAGAAGCCGAGCAAUACGCUGAGGAAGAUAAGAAGGUCAAGGAACGUAUCGAUGCCAGAAAUGGAUUGGAAUCCUACCUUUACAACCUCAAGAACACUCUUGAUGAUGAUGAGAAGGGUGUUGCUGACAACAUCUCCGCUGAGGACAAGAAGGACCUCCAAGACAUGAUCGACGAAGCCCUUGACUGGAUGGACGAAAACCCAGAAGCCGACAAGGAAGACUACGACGAGAAGACCAAGGAGGUUGAGCAAGUCGCCAACCCUAUCAUGCGAAACGUCUACGCCGGAGGUGCCGGUGGAGCCGAUGAAGACAUGGGCGACUUCGACGAUGGCGAACUGUAA